CCACAUUAAGAUAAAUUGACUGCAAACGCACAAAUUUCCCCAUUAAAUCGACAAUAAUCCAUUCCAACCGAUUGCGCAAGCUCCGACAAUACCGCAAAGAUGUCAUUCCUCGCCCGCCGCUUCACUGCCGCUGCCCCGAGCCUAGCCCGCUCCUUCAGCGCCUCCGCUCGCCGGGAUGUCGCCAAGAUCACACUGGUCGGCAACCUUGCUGCCACCCCAGAGGUGAAGGCCACCAGCACGGGCCAUGAUGUUAUCGAAUACGCCGUCGCCAGCAACAGUGGAUCUCGAGAUAACCGUCAGACAAGUUGGUUCAGAGUCGCUGCUUUCAUCGAAGAAGGUCCCCGCCGAGACUUCUUGACUAGCCUCCCGAAAGGAGCUACCGUCUACGUCGAAGGUGAUGCUAUCAUGAACACAUAUAACGACGCCGAGGGCAAGGCUCGUUCUUCGCUCAGCAUCUACCAAAGAAACCUCGAGGUCCUCCGCCGACCAGCACCUGCAACCGAGUAAACGGGUAGAAAUGAUGUGCGCGGAAGUUAGAGCAGCUAUAUCUGUGUCGACCUGACCAAUACCCACGUACUGUUGGCUCAGAAUUCUCCACUACUACGACUUUCUUAUGUCUGAGAAUGGGACGGCUUGGGGAUGCUAGUGUACUAUAAUGCUGUGUUAUGACUCGAUACCAAACGUGCUGAUGCCAACCCCUUCACCACCUAUUUUUGAAAUCGCGCGACGUGCUUCUAAUUACCCAAUGAUCGGGAACGAUUCCAAUAACCAACCGGAUUGAGAAUACUGUCCGGGUGAUAUUUUGCCUCCUACCAUUUGGCAUUUGCGAUUCAAACAUCAUAAUGCUGGACAUCUUACUGAAUGCGAAUAUACUAAGACGAGAAACACCGAUAUUCUUCCAAUAUAUGAGGAUGUCAGAUAUGGUAGGUGGUUGCGCAGGUAGUUCCCUCGUAUUUUGUUUAUUGGAUGAAGCAUUUCUUAGGCUUAGUCUAAGUCUUACUUGGG